GUGUUUAUUGAUUGAUAUUCAUUCAUAGAGACAUCACCUUUUUACUUCUUACUUCUUCUUCUAACUUUUUAUAAUCUGAUUUUACCCAAUUUCUAGGGUUUCUCGGUGCAACCAUCCACACUGAAGCAACAAUGCCUCGUUACUACUGUGACUACUGCGAUACUUAUUUGACCCACGAUUCCCCAUCUGUUAGAAAGCAGCAUAAUUCUGGUUACAAACAUAAGGCUAAUGUAAGGUCCUACUAUCAGCAAUUUGAAGAGCAACAAACUCAAAGUUUAAUUGAUCAGCGAAUCAAAGAACAUCUUGGGCAAGCUGCGGCUUUUCAGCAGGUUGGCGUGGCUUAUAAUCAUCUAAUGGUUCAGAGGCCAAACCUUCCUGCUGUAUUGCCACCCCCAAGAUUUCCCAUUCCUGGAGGUCAACCACUAAUGCCAGGGUUCAGACCUCUCAUGCCUAGACCUAUGCCUGUUCCUGGGGCACCAGGGUAUGGUUCUGCGCCUACUAUGCCACAAAUGAUGCCUCCACCUGGUGCUCCCCAGAUGCCGGGUCAGUUAAAUUCCCUACCACGACCCCCUUCAUUAGCUCCCCCACCAACAGCUCCUGGAAGCACUGCACCGCCACCUUCCAACGGUGCUCUCCCUAUGGCAUCAUCAGCAAUGUAUCAAGCCAAUGCACCGGCACCAUCAUCUGGAGGUUAUGAUAAUUACAAUUCCAAUUCCAAUGCUCAAGCACCUGAGGGCAAUCACUAAGCUGGUCAAACUUGUAUGUUAUUUAAUAUUAAAUUUUGCACUAAUGUGGCACUUGUUCUGUAAAAUCACACUGCCUUAUUCUUUGCUAUUUUCUAUGGUAACUCAGUAAGAAAGCGUAGUCUUUGCAGGGACCCAAAGCCUUUA